CAUCCCCGGCAUUCCCGGUGGGACCGGAGCAUCCCCGGCAUUCCGGGGGAACCGCUCCAACCGGAGCAUUCCCGGUGGGACCGGAGCGUCCUCGGCAUUCCCGGAGGAUCCGCUCCGACCGGAGCAUCCCCGGCAUUCCCGCGGGCUCCCCUCCCACCGGAGGCUCCGCGCCGCUCCCGCCGGCUCCGCUCCCGCCGGGGCUCGGUUCCGCCGCCGCUCCGGUCCCGCUCCCCGCCAUGAGCUCCGCGCCCAGCCCGUCCCGGGAGCCGCCCCGGUACCUCAGCCAGGCCGAGGCGGAGGCCAUGGAGAAGGAGCUGCUGGAGGAUUAUCGCUUCGGGCGGCAGCAGCUGAUCGAGAUCUGGGGACACGCCUGUGCCGUGGCUGUCACCAAGGCGUUCCCGCUGCGCUCUCUGCGGCGCAGGCAGCCCACGCUGUUGGUGGCGUGCGGGCCGGCGCAGAACGGGGCCGUGGGUUUGGUGUGCGCCCGCCACCUGCGCAGCUUCGAUUACGAGCCCACCAUCUUCUACCCCAAGCGCUCCCCGGACCCGCUGCACCGCGACUUCACCACGCAGUGCGAGAAGAUGGACAUCCCCUUCCUGUCCUACCUGCCCACCGAGGUGCAGCUCAUCAACGACGCCUACAACGCCGUGGUGGACGCGGUGCUGGGCGCCGAGGGGACACAGGGGACAGAGGGGACAGAGCCGUGCGCGGCCAUCCUGGCCACCCUCAGGCACGUCCGCAUCCCCAUCGUCAGCCUGGAUGUCCCCUCAGGCUGGCUGCCCGGCCCGGUGGGUGGCAGCGGUGACAUCAGCCCGGACGUGCUGGUGUCGCUGGCGGCCCCCAAGGAGGUGGCGCGGCGCUUCCGGGGACGGCGACACUUCCUGGCCGGGCGCUUCGUGCCCGAGGAGCUGCGCAGGAAAUUCGGGCUCAGCCCCCCCGAGUACCCGGGCAGCGACUGCGUGGUGGCCCUGUGACCCCAAGGAAAGCCCUGGGACCCCAAGGAAACCCCUGGGACCCCAAAUAAAUCCCCAUGACCCCAAAAACCUCUGGUGGUGGGCCCUGUGAUCCCAAAAACUCCCUGGGACCCCAAACAAACUCUGCUGGUGACCCUGUGACUCCAAUACCCCUGGGACUCCAAAAACCCCCUGGGACCCCAAAUAAACUCUUGGUGGUGGCCCUGGGACCCAAAAACCCCUGGGACCCAAAAUAAAUCCUCUGGGACCUCCAAAAUCCCCUGGGACCCUAAAAAACCCUGCCGGUGGCCCUGUGACCCCAAAAACAACCCUGGUGGGCCCCGAGACCCCAAAUAAACUCCUGUGACCCCCAAAUAAA